CAUUUAAAGACUGAAUGCUGAUAACAGAAUGAAAGCCAUACAAAGCAUUCCAUGCAUGUUGUCAAGAACUGCAUUUGUUAUCGUCCUUGUUUCUCUUUAUCUUCCAUUCCGAUGGGCAGAAGGACAACCUGCACAGGUCAGUGCUGGUUAUUAUUUUCCGGGAAUCCCCAUUUCCCAAGUCGACUCCACAUUGUUUAGUCACCUCAUAUUUUAUUGUGCUUAUUUGAACACUUCGUCCUUUGAGAUCUUAAUCCGCCCAGUAGAUGAGCCCGAAGUUCGUAGCUUCUCCAGCACAGUCAGAAAAGAGAACCCAUCCGUCAAAACACUUCUCUCUAUUUGGGGGAAAGAGAGAGAUUCGUAUGCUUCAAUGGUGAGCAAUUAUUCUUCAAGAGGAUCCUUCAUUGAAUCCUCUAUAAACGUAGCCAGGGAAUACCAGUUCGAUGGCCUCGACCUUUACUGGGAUUACCCUCAAACAAAAUCUGACAUGAAUGGUAUGGCAAAUCUUGUAAAAGAAUGGAGUCUAUACAUAGAUGAUAAUGAUCCACAACUGAUACUGACUGCCACUGUUCCAUAUACUCCAUAUUGGCCAUUCAAUAUCUCUGUUUAUCCUGUUGAGUCAAUGGCAACAUACUUAGACUGGAUACAUGUUAAAACAUAUUCUUACAUUCAUUGGACGCCGAAUGUCACUGCCGCACAUUCAGCUUUAUAUGAUCCUUCAAGUAGAUAUAAUAGCACAGACUAUGGUAUCAAUGAAUGGAUUGCCAGGGGAUUGUCACCCAACAAGUUGGUUUUGGGGUUGGCUUAUUUUGGGUAUGCAUGGAAUCUUACUGAUCCUAACAACAAUGCAAUAGGUGCGCCGGCAACAGGUCCAUCACAAACUCAACAUGGAUUAUGGCUAAUCACAUACAAGGAAAUCAAAGACCAAAUUCAGUCCUGCGGAGGAAGCAAUGUACAAUACAAUGACACUUAUGUAAUCAACUACUGGUCAUGUGGAUCAACUUGGAUAGGUUUUGAUGAUGUUGAGGCUAUCAAAAUUAAGGUGUCUUAUGCCAAGGAAAAGAAGUUGCUCGGUUACGCCGCAUGGCAGGUUUCUGACGAUGACAAUUGGUUGCUUUCUCGUGCAGGUAAUUUCUUUUAA